CAUUCUCUUUUCAUCAUCUGGUGCGUUGUUAAAAUCGAAGUUGGAAGAGAGGAGAGAGAAUGGGUGUGGUGAAGCUGGCUAUUUGCGAUGGGUUCAUCACAUUCACGUGGAUGUUCUGCGUUUCCGGACUCGGCGUUUUGGCGUCCAUCAUAGCGUCAGCUCUCAAUCUGGACCAUCAUCUGGUGGGCCCACUCCCCAAUCUCGUUAUCGACACCGUUCUCAUUUCUCUCAUCGUCUUCUUCUUCACACUCCUCGGCCAGCUCUUGGGUGGCGCCAGCUUCAAUCCCACAGCCACCGCCUCUUUCUACGCUGCUGGCGUUGGUGGGGUCCGCGACGACCUCGUUUCUGUCGGCCUGCGCCUCCCUGCGCAGGCAGCUGGGGCAGUUGGUGGGGCCAUGGCGAUCAUGGAAUUCAUGCCUCCACAGUACAAACAUAUGCUUGUGGGACCUUCUUUGAAAGUCGACCAGCACACUGGGGCCAUUGCUGAAGGUGUCUUGACCUUCUUAAUAAGCUUUGCUGCUCUUCUCAUAAUCCAGAAGGGGCCCAAAAAUGUACUGUUGCAGACAUGUCUGCUAUCUGUUUCGACCAUGUCAAUGAUUGUUGCAGGAUCUGGUUAUACUGGGCCAUCCAUGAAUCCUGUCAAUGAACGAUGCUCGAAUUUUGAACACCAGUAGAACCUCAACUGAUGGCAUAUGACAACACUCAAAUAUGUAACUCAAAUUAAACUAUAUAGUAGGCCCCACUUUAGAUGGAUCAUAAACCAACAUAAAAUCGUAAAAGUCAUUUUUUACUGUCAGAUUCAUGGAUGCCUGAUGAAUGAUACUUUGUGUAUUUAAUUUCAAUUCCCUGAAUAGUACAUUAUUUUUUUAAUGCAGAGUUCAAAAUUCUUCCAUAUUAACUCGUGUUCACCAAACAGGGUUAACAAUUUGUACAAAACUAAAUAUAACUAUUAUUUUUAGUUCUGAUCUUUUUUUUAACCAUAAGAAAAAAAAAAAAAUUUGUCGUAUUCAAACAGCCCCAUAGUGUUUCUUCUCCAUGGAAAG